GAGGAGGAGCGAGCGGCCGCUGGGGAAACAGCGGCUCCGCUCUCCGGGCUAGGGCGGCCGCAGCGGUGCUGGGCGGGGCCGGGCUCAGGGCUAGAGGCGCUGCUGCAGGGGCUGUGCGAGGCACGGUGGGGCUGCGAGGUGCUCGGGCCCGCCGAGAGCCCGUGCGCACUGAGCCGACCCCCGCGGCCACCGUGCUGCUCACUCGGGGUGACGUCGCGCCGGGGUCCCCAGCAUGACCGAGCUACGGCAGAGGGCUGUCCGCGAGGACGCACCUCCGGAGGACAAGGAAUCAGAGUCCGAAGCAAAGCUAGAUGGAGAGACCGCGUCAGACAGCGAGAGCCGAGCGGAAACAGCUCCCCUACCAACCUCCGUAGAUGACACCCCAGAGGUCCUUAACAGGGCCCUUUCCAACCUGUCCUCAAGGUGGAAGAACUGGUGGGUGAGAGGCAUCCUGACUUUGGCCAUGAUUGCCUUUUUCUUCAUUAUCAUUUACCUGGGACCAAUGGUUUUGAUGAUGAUUGUUAUGUGUGUUCAGAUUAAGUGUUUCCAUGAAAUAAUCACUAUUGGCUACAAUGUAUACCACUCCUAUGACCUGCCCUGGUUCAGGACCCUCAGCUGGUACUUCCUCCUGUGUGUGAACUACUUCUUCUAUGGGGAAACAGUGACGGACUACUUCUUCACUCUGGUCCAGAGAGAGGAGCCUUUGCGGAUUCUCAGUAAAUACCACCGGUUCAUCUCCUUUACCCUGUAUCUGACAGGAUUCUGCAUGUUUGUACUGAGUCUGGUUAAGAAGCAUUAUCGGCUGCAGUUCUACAUGUUUGGCUGGACCCAUGUGACCUUGCUUAUUGUCGUAACGCAGUCACACCUUGUUAUCCAUAACUUGUUUGAAGGAAUGAUAUGGUUUAUCGUUCCCAUUUCGUGUGUCAUCUGCAAUGACAUUAUGGCCUAUAUGUUUGGCUUUUUCUUUGGUCGGACCCCACUCAUUAAGCUCUCUCCAAAGAAGACCUGGGAAGGCUUCAUUGGGGGCUUCUUUGCGACUGUGGUGUUUGGCCUUCUGCUCUCCUAUGUGAUGUCUGGGUACAGAUGCUUCGUGUGUCCUGUGGAAUACAACAAUGACACCAACAGCUUCACUGUGGACUGUGAGCCGUCCGACCUAUUCCGCCUGCAGGAGUACAACAUUCCUGGGGUGAUCCAGUCGGCCAUUGGCUGGAAAACGGUGAGGAUGUAUCCUUUCCAGAUCCACAGCAUCGCCCUCUCCACCUUCGCCUCGCUCAUCGGCCCAUUUGGAGGGUUCUUCGCCAGUGGAUUCAAGCGGGCCUUUAAAAUCAAAGAUUUUGCCAAUACCAUUCCCGGUCAUGGAGGCAUCAUGGAUCGCUUUGACUGCCAGUACCUGAUGGCCACCUUUGUCAACGUGUACAUCGCCAGCUUUAUCAGGGGUCCAAACCCGAGCAAACUGAUUCAGCAGUUUCUGACUUUGCGGCCGGAUCAGCAGCUUCACAUCUUCAACACGCUCAAGUCUCAUCUGACUGACAAGGGGAUUCUGACAUCUGCCUUGGAAGAUGAGUAGAGUCCUGGGGCCCAGAGAGCUGGAGCAGGAUGGAGUGGGGGCCAGUCGCCAAGGCCGCCCGGCUGCUAUGACUUAGAUAAUGAAAAGCUUCAACUCACCGUCGUUUUUUUUUUUCCUUUUUAAUUUGUACGUGUGUGGUUUUUAAUCUGUAUAUACUGUCUGUUUAUAGUGUGGGCAGUGAGUAAGCUGUAGCUUUGAGUUGCAAAGAAGUCACAGGAAAGAACCAUUUGGGUUUCUGAAGUACAGGUAUUGAGCAACAUGAAGGGCAGUGUUGCCCAGCUCAGGGUGUCUGCUUGGUGGCCUAACCCCUGCCCGUCCAGUUGUUUCUGGGCUGUGUGAGAGAUCGUACAUUCAUCUGUGUCUGAUGAGUUGAGGGCUUUCCCACCUGGACAGGACCUCCAUGCUCUUGCUGUCCUUGACACCUUUCAUUGGGGCUUCUGCAGGCACCUCUGUCUGGGAGCAGUGGAGGGCGGCCUUCUGUAGAACUGUGGGAGAGAGGCUUACUGAUGAGAUGAGCGUCUUGUCCAAGCCAAAGUUCUGCAGAGGGCAGGAGAGCUUUGCUUACAUAUAGUUUGCUUUCGCCAUAUAGACUGAGAAGAUUUCAGACUUUUUUCUCAGAAAGCAUGAAGAAUUUAUGAAGUCUGGAAAAGAAGCAGAUGUAUACAGCAGAGUGCACUGUCCCAGCCCUCUCUGCCCCAGCCAGGCACAGUGGCCUCUGGAGGGUGGUCCUGCAGACGGCAUCUUCCGGAGCCGAGGCCUCUGUGGUUGUGCUGUGGGUUUGCUGCUCUGCUGAGUUCUUCUGGGGGAGCCCUAAGAGGUGGGGAGCAGAGGGCUUUUGCUCAGAUACCCUUCGCCUGGAAGCCCACUUGUGUUGCUGCUGUGUUGUGUAUAUAGUACUCUUGAGAUGAGCGUAUGCGUGUCUGUUUAAAAGUCACCUUGUUUCCUACAUGAUUUCAGUCAUACCGGAACGUCCUCAGAGUCCCUAUAUCCUGCUUAGAACUGUGGCCAGCCUAACCUGUCAAGAGGCUCGGCUCUUCAAGACUCAGUGUCCACUUUUUAUCGACUGUGACCAGUGUAGAUGUGGUUUGUACUCUCCUGGGACCUUCUGCUGUGGUCUGUGGCUGUGGUGAUUCGUUCCCUUCCUAAUCAUAAGUUGAGACUGACAUGGGAAGGAGCGGUUGACAGGGAAGGAACUUAGUCCCGGAGAGUAUUAACUAACCUACAGCCCUGCCUCGGUGUGCCCACUGCUGAGAGGCUGCAGUGACUUCCCCAAGCACCGUGGUCUGUGCUAAUUUAUUUUCAGAUUAGCCUUCCUGUGGCCUCCAACGCUCAGCCAGCCCUCAGAGUGUCCGUCAGAGUGUCCUUCGUGCGCAUGGGGGCAGGGGCGGGCAGCUCCUUGUCUCUCAGCCUUGACUGACUUGUCAGCAUUGGGGGCUUUUGUUCUCAGCUCCUGGGCUGCACUGAACACAGCGCUGCUGCCUUCAGUCUGGUUCUGGCCAUGAGGCCCUGAGUAGGAGCUUUGCCCUUAGGGUUCUCCUCUGACUUGCCCUCAAAGUUCACCAAUUCGGAAACUAUGGAGAAGUUCCUGUCACUAUCCUGCCCCUGUUGCUAUCAAGUCAUGUCAUGGGCACCUGAAAAAGGAAAUAAAUACACUGAGGUGUAUUUUACAAUUGCUCCUUAGAUUCUCGGUCGAGAUUGGGAGCAGCACUGCACUUUUCUGAUUGAAAAAUGGCCUUGCAUCAGUAAACUAGGUAGAGAAGGGCACAGCCCGCCCCAGCAGCCACGACUCACGCUCGGGCAGCAGCCGCAGAGGCUCGAGGAAGCUGCUGUCCACGACACUGAAACCCAGUGCUCACUGGAGCUGCCAGCCACAGGUUUCUAUUCUUUCCUGAGUUCUCCAGUCUUGUGAAAGAGGAGAAUUUCCCAGUCAGGUAGCCAGGAGAACAGUGCCACCCUGCGAUUGUGCCACCCUGUGACUGUACAGCGUGUUGUUUGUCCCAGUAAACGGGCAGGCGCAGAGACUGCUUUCUCAGCACCACACAGAUCUCAGUGGGUCACAUAACUUGCUUUACACUCGUCUGUUGUGUCAGAAAUAAAGUGUUCGUGCCUUUCCUUG